AUGUCUUGCAUAUCGGACUGGGAAGUCGUGAUAGCCGAGCAGCUGACGGCUGGUAAGGCGGGCGAGGAUUUGCAUGAGAAACGGCCCCCAUCCAUCCCCCUCACCGUCGCCCCCGGUGCGUCUGCGGUGCGGGCGGCAUCCAUCACAGCGCAGAUCCGGGCAGGGCCCUGCGAAGUUAAAGACGUCUCGCAGCGCACGCCCUGCCCUCACAGUGGCGACGCGAGAGCGGUGCGGUCGCUGCGGGAAGCUCACGACGCGCUGCUGGACGCCGCUGCCCUCGUGGACCAGGCUUACGGGCUGCCCCUCCUAGGAAGCCUCGCCGCCAACUUCGUACACUUCAUCUCGGCGCUGAACCUCAUGCUGGCCGUCAAACUGCGUUACCAAGUGAUAUCUCAUGGCCAUGCGGAUCUCCUGAUUCUGAUAAGCAGCUGCUGGGCGCUGCUUCACGUCAUUUGUGUGUUGGCCGUGACAGGGGUGUCCAGCGCUGCAGCUGCCGAGACUCGCCAAAUUCCUCGACUCGUACACAAGGCACUGCUGCCAAUCACAGACGUCGGCACCAGCGACGCACAGCUGCGUGAACAGCUGCAGCUGUUCUCGCAGCAGGUGAUGCACCAGCGCCUGUGCUUCACAGCAUGGGGUUUCUUCACAAUCGAUCUGACGAUAGUGCUCUCCAUGGUUGGGGCUGUCACUACUUAUCUUGUCAUUUACUUACAGUUCAGUGCUACUCACUAG